AUGUCUACCCGCCGAGUCCAAGUUCUCUUGUCCGUCGACUUCGACGCCGUCUCCGGUUUUCUAGGCACAGGCGCGUCGCCCACUAACGGCCUCGCCGAUUUCAGCAGCGGUUACUUCGCGGCCCAGGUCGGCGUACCCCGCUUGCUGCGUCUGUUUGAGAAACAUGGCAUUUCUUCAUCGGUGACCUGGUUUGUGCCCGGUCACUCAAUGGAGUCUUUUCCUGAGCAGACUAAAGCAAUUGUCGAUUCAGGUGCCGAGAUUGGAUGCCACGGAUAUGCACAUGAGGGCGCGACGCAGUUGACCGAAGCUCAGGAGAGGGAUGUUAUCGACAAGUGCGUCCAGCUUGCUACCGAUCUCACGGGGAAGAAACCGCUUGGUUGGAGGGCGCCGCUGUAUCAGCUUCGGGAACAUACUGUCAAGGUUCUUGAAAAGCAUGGCUUUUUAUAUGAUACCUCGUUGACCCACCACGACUCCUCCCCAUACUUCCUGGUAUCGAGAACAACUCCCCAACCAAUUGACUUCUCUCCAUCAGUCUCAGCCUCGUCCUGGAUGCACCCGCUUCCUCCACCGGCACCACGGACAGCAAGCACGCUGGUCGAAAUCCCGUGCAACUGGUACAUGGAAGACAUGACGCCAAUGCAAUUUCUCCCAGCCGCCGCCAACUCGCACGGCUUCGUGAGCCCCGAGACGAUCGAGAAGAACUGGAAGGCGCGGUUUGAAUUCUUGUACAAUGAGACUAUUGAUGGUCGGAAGCAGGACUUUGUGUUCCCGCUCGUCCUCCAUCCCGAUACAAGUGGGAUGGCGCAUGUUAUUGGUAUGAUUGAUCGAGUUAUUGGGUGGUUGAAGGGGUGGGAAGACGUCCAGUUUGUUACGUUUGGGGAGUGUGCGCAGGGUUGGAAGGAGAGGCACUAG